GGGCAGCGGCGCGUUCACCCCUCCUUCCAGUUUCGCCGUGAGGAGGACGCGGAGAAGGCCGUGAUCGACCUGAACAACCGCUGGUUCAACGGGCAGCCGAUCCACGCCGAGCUGUCCCCGGUGACGGACUUCCGGGAGGCGUGCUGCCGCCAGUACGAGAUGGGGGAGUGCACGCGGGGCGGCUUCUGCAACUUCAUGCACCUGAAGCCCAUCUCCAGGGAGCUGCGGCGGGAGCUGUACGGGCGCCGGCGCAAGAAGUGAGUCCCGGGGCGCGGGCGCGCGUG